UAUGUUUAUUGGAGGUACUGUUCAUAAUACUGUCAAUCUGAUUGUUAUCAAUGAUUAAAUGUGAUUCAUGCAUUUCAGAAAUCAUCCAGGAACAGUUCUUAAAAGUGUCAGGAGCAUGCUUCCCCAUCUAUCCUCAUCUCCAAAAUGUUGCCAUGAACAAGAUAGAAGACAUUCAGUUAAAGCAAGAAGCCAAGGUGGAGCAGAGGCUCAUGGAGCAGUUUGAGAUGGAGAAACUGCUCUACACUCAGGAUGAAAUCUAUUUUAAAACCUUGAACGAGAUCCAUUCUUCUGGGGAACUAGCUUCAGAGGACAGAUAUCCAGGGCUAGAGAGCAGGAACAAGUAUCCUGAAAUGCUGAAAGCUUAUUAUGAGAUUGUUGUGCAGCGGUUGGCUGACCAGGUGCCCAUGCUGAUCCGAUACUUCAUGCUAAAGGAGUCUGCUCAUCUGCUCUGCACUGAGAUGCUGGGGUUAACAGAUUGCGCCAACAUAGCUGAGGUCCUUCGUGAGGAGUCGGACAUCAGCAGACGCCGCAUUAUCACGCAGGCCCGCAUAGAACGCCUCACCAUUGCUCAAAAGAAGCUAAGAAACUUCAUUUGAAGAAGACAACCCUGGCAACAGCUCACACUAUAGUAAAAGAGGGAAGACACUAUGAAUUAUUUAGAUGCAACAAUAGCAAUGACCUUUUUGCUUUUAAAAAGAUAAACUGUUCAUUUUAUGUCUGUUUACUGUUGGAUUGUGAUGUUUGUUGAGCCAGGUACAGACAGACUGAAGUUUCCGUUCAUAUAUAAAUUUUCCAUUUUUCAAAAAUUUUCAUUAGUACCAUUUUUUUGUUUGCAUUUUUAGUUUAGUUUGUCUUAA